CGGAACAUUCCCAGGUCCAGUCCGAUAGUAACGUCCUUACAGCGGCUCCGGUUCGUGUCUUCAGAUGACGGAGAGUCCGGACAGCAGCGUCCUGCAGCGGACACACACCGGGACCGGCACCGGGCCGACGUUGCCAGUGGAGAAAGUAACUAAGUACUUUUACUGCAGUAAAGCUGUGUAGAUCUGACAGGUGAUGAAAUAAAACACAUCAGAUCAGCAGAACAACACAGGUACUGGCUGGGCAGGGUUAGUGUUCAGAUGGUGAAGGUGGAGUCAGCUGUGUCAGGUCUGAUGCCCUCACAGAUCGCUGAGCUUCACUUCCUGCGUUCAAGGGUUCAAGAGCUGGAGAGAGAGAAAGCAGAGCUGUCAGCCGAGAACCACAGACUGAAGAACAUGCUGAUCCACGAGAUCCCUGGGCUCCUGUCCACCAUGUGGCAGACGCUGGGCCAGGUGAACGGUCACCACUCCGUCUCCAAAGCAACAGGUGGAAAUGACAGUUACACCCCUUAUCACCACCAAACAGCGACCAAUCAGGACGGAGACUUCAGUCCUCAGGUCCAGAUCCCACAGUUCCAGGAGGAGCUGAGCGAGGACCUGUCGGAGUCCUGGGGUCCACUGGGCUCUGAGGACGAAGAGGUGCCAGGAGGACCAGACCUCAGGGACCUGGGGAGUCAUAUGGGGGAGGAGGCACCACUCUGCAGCCAGACUGACAUGGAGGAGCUGAGGAGGAGCUGCUCUGAGAGCCAGUGCACUGCCGGAGAUGCAACUGGACAGGUGCACCAGGUGGAGGUGUACCCGGGCUCUGGCGUGCUCUGUGAUGUGCGGUCGUGGCAGGCAGCUAAUCAGGCACAGUCUCCCACGGCGAUGGCUCGGACACUGCUGAUGGGCAUGUUUGAUAUGAACACGCUGAUGAACAGUAACCUGAGAGGCGGGCGGAGCCGCCGACCUGCCUUCCACCCACAGCGAAGCGCGCUUGACCCGCACAAGAUCAACGCCAUCUUCAACGCCAUCUUGGCUCGGUUUCCUCUCGCCAAGAAAGGAGUCAUCGGCUCCGGCAUCAACUCCAAACUCUCUGAGAUCCGUUUUCGCUCCCGCAGAGCCAAUCGAGAUCCACGGUUCCUCUGACAGACGGCCCCGCCUUCCUCACUGAAAACAACACAGAUCCAAUCAGAGCACAGUGGUGUGGAGCUGCUGGAACAAUGAGCAGCUGUCAGAGAGAAAGUUCAAUAUCAAACUGGUUCUGGUUCUGAUGUCACUGAAUCAGCAGCUCUGUAACCAUAGCAACCUGUUGUAAAGAGUGUGACCUCUGACCCUGUGUACUUCAUCCUUUAGUUUGAGUCUGGUAGAAGCUGGAUUCUACUGUUUCUACAGUGGAGGCAAAAUGGUGGAGACCAGGAGAACAGAGAGAUGGAGAACAGAUAUAGAGGACAGAGAGAUGGAGGACAGAGAUGGGGGACAGAUAUAGAGGACAGAGAUGGGGGACAGAGAGAUGGGGGACAGAGAUGGAGGACAGAGAGAUGGAGGACAGAUAUAGAGGACAGAGAGAUGGAAGACAGAGAUGGGGGACAGAGAGAUAGAUGACAGAGAGAUGGAGGACAGAGAUGGGGGACAGAUAUAGAGGACAGAGAUGGGGGACAGAGAGAUGGGGGACAGAUAUAGAGGACAGAGAGAUGGAAGACAGAGAUGGGGGACAGAGAGAUAGAUGACAGAGAGAUGGAGGACAGAUAUAGAGGACAGAGAGAUGGAGGACAGAG